AUGCCCGCCAAGUCGCGAUUUACAAGGCUUGACGCCUUUACCAAGACGGUCGACGAGGCUCGAAUUCGAACAACCAGUGGAGGUGUCGUCACCAUUGUCUCCCUGCUUGUCGUCUUGUUCCUAGUAUGGGGAGAAUGGGCCGACUACAGAACUGUUGUCAUUCGCCCUGAGCUCGUCGUCGACAAGGGACGAGGCGAGCGCAUGGAUAUUCACCUCAACAUUACAUUCCCCCGCAUGCCCUGCGAGCUCCUGACCCUGGAUGUCAUGGACGUGUCUGGCGAGCAGCAGCACGGUGUCGCCCACGGCGUGCACAAGGUCCGCCUCCGUCCCGAAGGAGAAGGCGGCGGCGUCAUUGACGUCAGCUCGCUGAAUCUGCACGACGACGCUGCCGAGCACUUGGACCCAAGCUACUGCGGCGAUUGCGGCGGCGCACCGGCCCCAAGCAAUGUCAAAAAGUCCGGCUGCUGUAACACGUGCGAGGAGAUCCGUGAAGCGUAUGCUCAGGUCUCCUGGGCCUUUGGCGACGGUAAGGCCUUUGAGCAGUGCGAGCGUGAGCACUACGCGGAGCGCCUGGAGGAGCAGCGCCACGAGGGCUGCCGCAUCGACGGUCUCUUGCAGGUGAACAAGGUCGUGGGCAACUUUCAUCUGGCGCCCGGCCGCAGCUUCAGCAACGGCAACAUGCACGUCCACGACCUCAAGAACUACUGGGAGACCACGGGCGACAAGAAGCACGACUUUACGCACUACAUCCACCACCUGCGCUUCGGCCCCCAGCUGCCCGAGGCCGUGGCCAAGAAGAUGGGCAAGGGUGCCACGCCCUGGACCAGCCACCACGCCAACCCUCUUGACAACACCAAACAGCUCACCCUCGAUCCCAACUUCAACUUUAUGUAUUUUGUCAAGAUUGUGCCCACGUCCUUCCUGCCCCUAGGCUGGGAGAAGAUGGCCCGCACCAUGAACACCGACGGCAGCGUAGAGACUCACCAGUACUCUGUCACUAGCCACAAGAGAAGCCUUACGGGGGGCGACGACUCUGCCGAGGGUCACGCCGAACGUCUUCACUCGAGAGGCGGUAUUCCUGGCGUCUUCUUUUCUUAUGAUAUUUCACCCAUGAAGGUCAUCAACCGAGAGGAGAAGGGCAAGAGCUUUCUCGGUUUCAUCGCUGGGCUCUGCGCUGUUGUUGGCGGUACUCUCACUGUUGCCGCCGCCGUCGACCGCGGCCUGUUUGAGGGCACGACGAGACUGAAGAAGAUUCGAUCAAAGAACCUAUAA